UUUCUUCUAGAGAUAAGAAAAAGAGGAGUUUUUAGUAGCCAAGGGAGAGGCUGAGAUUACCAAAUUGAAUGCUUUACCAAACUCACAUAACCAUCUCUUCUUGACCCUUUUCUUUAAUCUUUAAUCUCUUUCUUCUUCUUCUUCUUCUUCUUCUUCUCGCCACCGCUCCUUCCUCCCUCCUUCUCUCUGUAUCAGGUACUUUUUCCUAAUUCCUGUCCAAUUUUAGGGUUUUCUUUUAAGGGUUUCGUAUGUCUCUUUUCAUGUUCUUUUGAAUUUGCUUCGUUCGUUGCGUUUUCAUUUCAGUCUCGUGACUGACUCUGUUUGUGGGUCGUUUUCGUAAUUGAGUUUCCCCGGUCGUCUUUUUUUUUUGGGGUUCGUGAUUUUUUUUAUUCCUUCUCUCUCUCUUGGAAUUGCGAAAAAGAGGAACGUUUUUUUUUACGUUUCGUUUGAAAAAGAAUGUGAAUAAAUUGGACAUAAGUAUUGAAUUCUUUUUUUCAUUUUUUUUCUGGUUGUUGUUUAGUUUUUUUCUCGAUAGGAAAAUGGAACAAGCCGCGUUGAAGAGCAGCGUCAGGAAAGAGAUGGCUCUCAAAACGACUUCUCCGGUUUACGAAGAGUUUCUUGCCGUCACCACCGCUCAAAAUGGCUUUUCCGUCGACGAUUUCUCUGUAGACGACUUGCUUGACUUGUCAAACGAUGACGUUUUUGCCGACGAAGAAACUGACCUCAAGGCUCAACAUGAGAUGGUCCGUGUUUCCUCUGAGGAACCCAACGACGACGGAGACGCUCUUCGCCGGAGCAGCGAUUUCUCCGGCUGUGACGACUUUGGUUCUCUCCCUACAAGCGAACUCUCUCUUCCGGCGGAUGAUUUAGCGAACCUUGAGUGGCUCUCUCAUUUCGUGGAGGACUCCUUCACGGAAUAUUCGGGUCCAAACCUCACCGGAACCCCGACUGAGAAACCGGCGUGGUUAACGGGUGACCGGAAACAUCCUGUGACUGCAGUCACGGAAGAGACCUGUUUCAAAUCCCCUGUUCCGGCUAAAGCCCGUAGCAAACGUAACCGCAAUGGCCUCAAGGUCUGGUCGCUUGGUUCGUCGUCCUCCUCGGGUCCUUCCUCGUCCGGUUCGACCUCCUCCUCCUCUUCGGGUCCUUCCAGCCCGUGGUUCUCCGGCGCUGAGCUGCUCGAGCCUGUGGUCACGUCAGAGAGGCCACCGUUUCCCAAGAAGCAUAAGAAAAGGUCAGCCGAGUCUGUUUUCUCCGGUGAGCUGCAGCAGCUGCAACCUCAGCGAAAGUGCAGCCACUGCGGCGUUCAGAAAACUCCGCAGUGGAGAGCCGGGCCAAUGGGAGCCAAGACCCUGUGCAAUGCGUGCGGUGUCCGGUACAAGUCGGGUAGGUUGCUACCGGAAUACAGACCCGCUUGUAGCCCGACAUUCUCGAGUGAGCUGCACUCGAACCACCACCGGAAAGUCAUAGAGAUGAGGCGGAAGAAGGAGCCAACCAGUGACAACGAAACCGGUUUAAACCAGCUGGUUCAGUCCCCACAAGCUGUACCAAGUUUUUGAAGAAAUAGGGCCUUAAUUAGAGCAGAGAUUUAGGAUCCGAACCGGUUCAGUUGUUAGCCCCAAGUUAGUUUCUCAUUGACUUGUUUCUUUGUAUAUUACUUUCAUUAUUUUUAGCAUUUACUUUUUUUUUGUUACAGUAGUUUGAUUUUUCAUGCUAGGAGUAUCCGUAAGUUCUUAGUAACUGAUUAGGUCAAAAACUCGUUUGUAUUGUACUCUUUCGCGUUAAUUUUUUCAGUUUAAAUUUCCCCAUUUC